UUAGUUUUCUUUACUUCUCAUUCAGACAUGGCCGACGCAGAGUUUUUGUCCAAAGAAUACGCUGAGUAUCUUAUUCCGUCAACAAUAAUACAACUGAUUAUUGGAACCUUUGGAGUACUUGGAAACAGUCUGGUUCUUUUGAUGUAUACUAAAUACAUAGAGGACAAAACAGGCUGCCGAUACUUCAUACCUAUUUUGGCUCUUGUUGAUCUUCUGGGAUCUGUUUCGAACGUUACUCAGUUUCACUUUGAUAACACCAUGCGCUACAUUUACCCCGGUGUAUUUUUGUGUAAAUUGAUGUCAUUUUUAAUUGUGCUGACUGGGGGAUUUUCCGGUCAUUUGAUUCUUGCUAUAGCUUUGCAGAGGUUUCUGCUCAUCUGCCGUCCUUUCGGUAAACGACUAACUCCAAUUGUGUGCAGAAUUAUAACCGUUGUUAUAUUUUGGAUUUCUAUCGGAUAUGCAGCGCCAAUUUUUAAAUUCAAAAUAAUAUCAUAUCAAAUCAAAUCACUUAAUGUCACAGGUGACGUGUCUUUCUGUCACAUCGAUGACGGUACUAACAACAAGAGUGCUAUCAUAGCAUACCUAGGAAUUUUACUUCUGUUUUCCUUUAUCAACAUUUUCAUCACAUCCGGUUUUUACAUUCCCGUGAUUAAAACCGUUUAUAGAAGACUUCCCAUUGCUAGACGAUACCAACCAAAUAAUAUACAAGAUGGCAGAAGUCAUGCCGUGUCCACGGAAAUCGAAAUGGUUAGUGUGGGAAAAGAAACAAUAGAACAAAAUUCACUUUCAACUGAUGAGGAAAAUCGAAACGCCUCUAGAAAAAGGAAUGGUCCGGAACAAAAUUCUAGAAGGAAUAUCACUGUCAUGUAUCUUGUCAUUAUAAUUGUCUACGUAGUUUCGUAUGUGACGUCAUUAGUUACACACAUCUAUCACUUCGCAAAAACAGAGGAAAUUAAAGGGUACAAACGGAAUAUUUACCUUCUCUGUAUUCGUUUUCAACUGAUAAAUCACAUUGCAAAUCCAUAUAUUUACUGGUUUUAUGACCUCAAAUUCAGAGAAGAACUUGGAAGAGUUUUUUGCCGUAAAUGAUAAGCAUGGCUUUUUAAUCUCAAAUAUACUGAGCAAAAUAAGUUUAGCAAUUGCUUUUCCGUAUGUAUGAUUUAAAAAUAUUUUUCUUUAUUGUUUUAUUAUGCUUCUUCUUAAAAACAAUAGAGAUAAAGAUAACAAACGACAGAGUUCUUUUUUUUAAUUUGACACACAGAAACCGCUUCAUCCAACGUUGUGACAAUGCAAUAAAACAAAAGGUUACGCUAGAACGCAUAUGAUCCGAGAACAAUUUUUUACUAGAAAAACCUUCUGAGCAUGUUUGUAAAAAAAAAAUCGGUGAAAAAUUGCAAAAAUGUCUAAUGGCAAAAACACUAGGACUUUCCGAGAAUAACGUUAAAGGACUAUAGGGAUGCUAACAAUUGGUUACUCACAAAAAUAUGUCGCUGAACACUAUUGCUUGCAUCAGUCCUCCAAAUGCCGACUUUCGAACUGAUUCCGAACGACUGAACACAUAAUCAAUCUCCAGGGCUUAGGACGUCCACGAAAAACGACGGUUUGCAAUGAUUGUUUAACUGUUACAACGUCGAGACGUUACAGUUUUAUGGCUGCUCCUUAAGUUGCAGAAGAGUUAUGCAGUGUUACUGGAGUGAGGUUAUGCGGGCAAUUUGUAGGAAACAGGCUACGUUCAGCCAUUGUUCGAGCUCAAAGACCUCUCAAAGCACUAUCACUUACUCAACGUCAUCAACAAUCACGCAUCGCAGGGGCAAACACAAAUCGUCUUCGAUUCAACUAAAACAUUGCCUUUUCUUUGUUAUACGAAGAAAAUUUAACAUUUCAAUUACAUCAUAAAUUAUGGGUCUACUUUUUUCUACUUGAUAUACUAAAUAUCUUUAAUUGCUAAACUUAUUUUGCUCAGUAUAUAUUAGUGAAUCAAUUUUUA